AUGAUUAACUCACGGAUGAGAGCGAUCAACGACCAAAGACCACGAAGCUCCUUGAAAAUCGGGCAGUCUUCUCAGACAGAUCGAAGCGACACAUCUCGAGACGAACGAUCGAACAAACGAAUCAAGAAAUCCGGUCCUGAAUCACCACGCGCAUCUCGCUAUUUUACGAGUUCACGUCUACAACCUUUGGAAGCAAUCGAGAACGACAGUGAGCCGAGUGCCAAAACCCCAUGGCACCACAACUUGACCCGAGAGGACUCUUACGUGGAAACUAUUGGCGGUUCUAGUGUCAUCAGCAGCAGCAACCUGACUACGGCAGCUGGCAGCCGCGUGCAAGAAUACCGCAGCGUGCAGUGUAGAAGUACUGUAAAACGGAGCCGACGCAGGAGGAGAGGGCCUCGUAGGACUACUUUAUCGCCUGGUGAAAGCGACGACGAUACAGUUGCUGUUGCGCAUCGAAAUAUUCCUCCUCAACAAUCUCCCACACUCACAAGUCCGGACUGUUUGUCUAUGAACAUCAGUGAUGCCCCCCCACAUGCCAACAUUUCGUCGGAUCUUCCCCUACAAUCAAAGCGACCAGCGGCAAAUUAUGUUCAGAGUACACCGAAGCGAUACAGGUUGCACAACGAUUCCGAGGACGAGCUGGCAAAGCCCGGCACUUCUACGGGCGGAGAGGCUACCACAAGGCCCACCAGUGUUACAAAGCUACUGGCCCGGUCUCCCCAUUCACGAACUCGACGAGGAGAUAUUCAACCUACCAAUUUCGGAUCAGCCAUGGGGCGCCGAAAUUCGAUACACAGUGGGCCGAAAGUUGACGGAGUACUGCUAGUAGCUGCGGCAUGUGGAAGAAGCACCUGGUCCGCUGGGAAGACAGAUGAGCCCAUCACGUUACAUCUUGAUUCCGGCCUGGCUCGCCCGUCUCAUCAAGAUGGACAGACUUCAUCAUGGCUUGAAGUCUCCAAGAAGUCGAUCCACAGUGCUAAACACAGCAAUUCGAAGAGCCCCAUUAUUUCCAUCCAUCGCUCAAACACAAAUACGGCCAUUGGUGGUAAGCUUGUGUUAAAGUUUAGUGACAUUGCGAACGCCUCUAUCUUCAUUGCCUGGCUGCAUGGAGUUGAGCAUUUGAAAGAGGUCAGCCCGAGCGAUUUGGAGAGCAUAUUCUCGAUUGCGAUGGGGGAGGCCAAAUCCUUUGCGUCUAAAUCAAAGAAUUCCCCGGUCCCAAUUUCACCAGUUCCUUUCACGGCAAACACACCCAGACCACCUCAGUCUUCACAUCGAGACCCAUUCAAAGGAGAGCCCAUAUCUCCUCGGCGUCCAAAACUCAAGGAUAGAAUGCAAGGGGGCUUGCCUAUUCUGCAGGAAGAAGUGAAAGAAGAAGUGAAAAUGAAAACAGAGGAUGUCGAAGAUCCAUUUCUGGAGUCAAGUCGGAAGCGCAAGCCUGAGACCCGACAAACAAGAAAGUCUUCCUCAGAACCACUCCCUCUUUCAUGGACGGCUCAGAACCCGGGUUGGGACAAGGACUGGCACAGGUCCUUGGUAUACCCCUCAACCGGAAAGAACCGUGCAACUGUCGACAAGGAGGAUAUCAUUCGACUAGAUGAGGGAGAAUUUCUCAACGACAAUCUCAUCAGCUUCUAUCUUCGCUACCUGCAGGUCCAACUCGAAAAAGAGAGACCAGAAAUCCUGGAAAAGGUAUACAUCUUCAACACCUUCUUCUUUGAGAAACUGAGAUCCAAUCGCGCCAAGAUCAAUUAUGAAGGUGUCAAAGCAUGGACUGCCAGGGUCGAUCUACUUUCAUAUGAUUAUAUCGUGGUUCCAGUCAAUGAGAAUGCACACUGGUAUUUGGCUAUCAUCUACAAUGCCCCUCGUCUCCUUCCCAAGGAGGUGAAAGCGGAGGUGAAAGCAGAGGCGUCCAAAAAAGACGAAUCUUCAAGCCUACAGGAUGCAAUCAUUGUUGAGGAUAACGACCCAGCAGUGGACGUCGCAGAGAAUGUUUCUGUCAAGAAAGCGUCGCCUGUUGUAUCAUUAGAUCAUGAAGUCCCCAGAUCAACCAGAAGCCAGGCAGCGACAGGUAAUGGGGUUGUUCUUUUAGAUGACGAGACUGUCAAGAAUCCAGAGGCCCCCACCAAAACUAACAAGCGAAAGUCGACCGGAGGAAAUCAGAAGUACAGCACUGAAGAGCCCAGGAUCAUCACUCUCGAUUCGCUAGGCGCCGCACACGCGGCAACCUGCAAAUGCUUGCGCGACUACCUAGUCGAGGAAGCGAAAGAUAAGAAGGCCAUUGAUAUCACGGACAGGCCUGGAGGUAUGACUGCGCGGGGUAUACCUGAACAAGACAAUUACUGCGACUGUGGUGUAUACGUCUUGGGUUACAUGGAAAAUUUCCUGAAAGAUCCGGAUGAGGCUGUUCGAAGACUACUUCAGAAAGAAGCUAGUCAGUGGGAUAUCAAACCUCAGCAAAUUCGUGCCAAGGUGAGGGACCUUCUCUUCGACUUCCAAAAGGAGCAACAUUUGCGGCUUGAGAAGGAGAAAGACUUGAAGAGAAAACGAAGGGCAACAAAGGGGCCUGUCUCAUCACCACAGGUUGCUCCAUCCUCACCUCAAGUACCCCCGAGAGCCCCAGAAACACCACAAGCCAACCAUGGUCCGAAGAGCACGUUGGCGAAUGACACUAUUCCUGCAGAGAGUGAUGAGCCUCCUCAAACAGAUACUACCUCGGCAUACUUUACAGUUGCUUCUCCCGAAGAGCCGGUUUACCCACAAACACCCACAAGAAAUGAAGAUCCUUCCUUCGUCCAACCUUUGAGGGAGGGCUCGAGUAAUGAUUCUAAGAUCUCUAGCUCAGGGGACGUCUUUCAUUCAGCACGUUCAUCCCCGGUCGACACCGCACAACAAGUGCUUCCUGAUCUGACCACUGAAGGUCAUCCGCCGCGUGAUGAACGAAACAGGCCAAAGCCACCCUCAACGCCCAAUUUUGUACAGAAGUUAUCGGAAUCUCCUGAAGAGGCGGGCCCAGCACCCAUCUCUUCCACUGUAAAGAUACACAACUCGCCCUCGGUUGCUUUGGCCACGAGACAAGGGGCAUCAGCAUCACCAGCCCCAGGUAGCCAGAGUGUUUUUGGUGGAGAACGAAUCGUUAUGAAGAGCAUCGAGGAUCCCUCCCCUAGAGAGCGCCAGCAUAAUAUGGUUGAGCGAACCAUCGAUUUGACGGGAUGA